CCCCUUCCCGGAGGUGACCAGAGACUUCUUUUCAUCAGUAUUGUAACGGUGGGAAAGAGACUCCUUCAAGAGGAUGAGUGAACUGGAACAGUUGCGGCAGGAGGCCGAACAGCUUCGGAAUCAAAUCAGAAUCACCACAAGUCUUGACUCAGUGGGCCGAAUUCAGAUGCGCACCAGACGUACCCUGAGGGGCCAUUUAGCUAAAAUUUAUGCCAUGCACUGGGGAUCCGAUUCAAGGCUACUAGUCAGCGCCUCUCAAGAUGGAAAAUUAAUUAUUUGGGAUAGCUAUACGACAAAUAAGAUGCAUGCCAUUCCUUUGAGAUCUUCCUGGGUCAUGACCUGUGCGUAUGCACCGUCGGGAAACUAUGUUGCCUGUGGUGGACUGGACAACAUCUGCUCUAUAUACAACCUGAAGACGAGAGAGGGCAACGUUCGAGUGAGCAGAGAGCUACCCGGCCACACCGGGUACUUGUCUUGUUGUCGCUUUCUGGACGACAACCAGAUAGUUACAAGUUCAGGAGACACCACCUGCGCUCUGUGGGACAUUGAAACUGGCCAGCAGACUACUGCUUUUACUGGCCAUACUGGCGAUGUGAUGAGUCUUUCUCUAAGUCCAGACAUGAGCACUUUUGUUUCGGGGGCCUGCGACGCUUCCUCCAAGCUCUGGGACAUCCGAGACGGAAUGUGCCGGCAGUCUUUCACGGGGCACGUGUCUGACAUCAACGCCGUGUGUUUCUUCCCCAACGGCCAUGCCUUUGCCACCGGCUCGGAUGACGCCACAUGCCGACUCUUUGACCUGCGAGCAGACCAGGAGCUCAUGAUGUACUCUCAUGACAACAUCAUCUGCGGGAUCACGUCAGUCGCCUUCUCCAAGAGCGGCCGUCUCUUGUUGGCUGGCUACGACGACUUCAACUGCAAUGUUUGGGACACCCUGAAGGGGGAAAGGGCAGGUGUCCUUGCUGGCCACGACAACCGAGUCAGCUGUUUAGGAGUCACCGACGACGGCAUGGCCGUAGCAACAGGGUCUUGGGACAGUUUCCUUAGAAUCUGGAAUUAAUUUGUCCACCGAAAACACACACAGACAGACACACACACCUUUCUCCACCGAGACCUGGAGAGAUCAAUGCUGCAGCCUAUUGCUGUGAAAUUACAUUUCUACCUUGUAUUUACAGGUGAAGUUUUUCUACUCACUGAUUAUUGCAUAAAUAGGCUUUCUGUAAAUGACCAUAAAAAACAAAAGAAAACAAAAUCCAGUGAA